AUGGCGUCUUCAACGCAACACGAACAAGUCCACCACCGCAAGGAAGAUGACGCACUUGACCAAGAAGACCUGAACGAUGAAGCCAAACACGAAGACGAUGAUGACAAGAUCGUGGCCUCAGAGUCAGAGACAAGCGAAGCUGAGAAGAAAGUGGAACAAGAAGUCAAAGAUGCUAAUCAAGAAGACGAAAGCAGAGGAGGUACGAUGGUGCCUUCAUCACCAAGAAGCUUAACUCAAGAACAAGAAGCAAAAGCAAGGGAAGACGAAGCUGGCUUCGCAGCAAUCCUUUUGUCUAUAAGCGAUCACGAAGACGACUCAGAACAAACCUUGACGUUUCUCACCCGAUGGAAAGCUCCGGAGACUCCACCUGAAAAGAUCAUUCCUCGCACCUUAGUUGAGCAAUGCAGCAGACCUAUCCAAAAGCAGCUGACAACAAGCGACGUGAAACAGAGGAAGCUGUGUCUACCGAGGAAGAAGUUUCAGCAGCUUCUUGACGAAUCAGAGGCAAGGCACGGGGUAAAGGAGACUAGGUUUAGGGUUUACGGACCAGACGGGAAGGUUCAUGAGAUUUGGCUCGGUGGGAAGAAGAAGUCGUUUGAUUUGACGACAGGGUGGUGGACGUUCUUGGAAGAGUAUGGGCUCAAGGAGUGGUGUGACUUCGUCACGGUUUGGAUGUUUAGGCACACGGUCACUCAACUGCUUUGCUUAGCUAUUGAUGCCACAAGGUUUGCGUUCAGGAAACAGGUUAGUAAGAGGAUCUCUGAUGCUGCUUUCGAGGAUUCUGACUAG